AUGAUAACAGCUGCUGUUGAAAACAAAGCAGCCUGCACAUGUGGCAAGAUCUUGGGCAGUCAUUGUGGCGGUCGGAUGAACAUACCCUAUGAAUAUGGGUUAUACGCCUUAACCGGAGACUGUAUACCCACCGGCUAUUACAACUGCCCCGCCAUUGAUAGGGCCCCAGAAUUUAAGGGCAUUUGCAACACAUGUCAACAAUCAGACAUUACUGGCAAAGAUUCAUGCCAUGUAAAUAUUUUUUAA